CACACUUCUUUACAACAGUGCAGUGUAAACGGUAAUUUCGCCGUGAAAGGUUGGUCAUGGUCGACGCAUGUAUUAGCGAGGAGCGCAUUGGUGAUGACGUGUACCGUCGUCAAAUGCCUUUGUACGUAGAAGACAACCUUACGUUGAUGGUGGAAAUUCCGAAGACGGUGAUUCCGACAGGAAGAGUGCGCAAGGCAGAGAUUCACAGGUUUUGUAAGUGUAAAUAUGAGAGUCUGACUGCGGACGAUUUGAGGACGGUAGUGAGAGUGCCCGAAGAAAGUGUGUUUGAUUUUCUGGCAGGGACUGUGUCUUGUGUAGGCUGUAGAAAGAGUAUGGAACAGUUGUAUGGCCAUUUGAAGGAAUCAGGCUUGCCUGCUUUGGAGCCUAUUCGUGUGACACAGUCAGGAGAGCUUUCGCUUCAUCAGUCAUACUUGUCUGAUCCAAGGAAGUUUUAUGCUCUGUUCUAUUUGCAAAGAAACUGUCUGAAUGAAAUGGUUGAAAAUAGUCACAAGUGUAAACGCAACAAACGUUGCAGCUAUCAUUCCCUUGAUUCACACAAACUGAAAUUACCAAUUUGUUGGUUGGAUGUGUGGGAUCUUCUUUCUCAGGAUUGUCGAGAGGAAGUUUGUCUUAUUGAUUCUGACGAUCUACUAGCAACAGUACAGAGCUACUUGCUCAAGCAUCGAUUUUGUUCUCAGUGUAAGACCAAGGUCCUUAGAGCAUACUCGGUUCUCACCGAUGGUCUACACACCAUGGCAGACAAAGGUUGCAAUGCUUCACUUUACAAAGACCUUCGAGUUUGUCCUGAAGCACACCAUAUUCAUGUGGCUUGUAACACAGGUUAUAUAUCUCAGCUACUUGACAUAGCAGACACGACAGUUCAGAGUGCAUCUGUUAUGAGGCACGCCAAGACCAUGUGCGUUGCACAGGAAGAGGUUCUCAAUUGCAUCGGAAUUCAUCUAUGGCAACGUCUCAAUCGCGUAUGGCAAAAGCUGAAAACUGAAGAGCAAACAUGGCACAUGUUGUUUUUUGCCAGCAUUGAAGUUAUUAAGAAUCGAUUUGAGGUUGCUGUGGAAGCGAAGCGGGGUGUUUCUAGUCUUGAACUACUUGUCAACGAAUUCAAGGAAGAAGAGGAUGCAAAGGAAAGACGUCGUGAGCACAAGAGAUUGAAAAAGAAGCAGAAGCGUGCAAUUAAAUCUAGACCUUCUCUGCCAACAUCAUGUCGUGUAUCAGCUGUACAUGGACAGCUUGAUGUGGGCAUGCCUAAUGACUCUGAAUUAUUGGAAGAAAAUAGUGUUUUGUUUGUGAAUGGCAUAUGCAGCAGAUCUGAAGAUUGUGUAUGUUGUCAUGGCCUGGGAGAUGAUGACUCUUCUUCUGAAUCAUGUGGCCCUCGUGAGAAUGGACCUUCCCAGGAUAUUGCCCAUCUAGUUGGUGGCGAAGCAAGAGAGAGAGAUGAUGUCAUUGGUGGCUGUUUAACAGAUCAAUACUGCGACAGUACUGCAUGUGUGCAUGGUAUCGAUGUUGUGCAAUUGAGUGGAAAGUGUGCAUCAGAAUGUCGCUGUCUGGAUGACGAUUUGAUUCAAGAGGAAGACGAAAACGUCUAUUUUAUUCCACAGGAAGACAUCAAUGCAUUUAUUGCCAACAAGCAAGAACUUGAAACGUUACGUAAAGAAUUCAGAGCAAAGUUGAAAAAGAACUUCCUGUUGUUCUUGAGAAAGUAAUAUCUAGUGCCACAAGUUUGCUUCAGUGCUUCCAAUUUUACAACAAUCCAAUGUAUAACAAUACAGCCUUUAUGACCACAGACUAGAAUGUUAUAGAGAGUGAUGCCACCAGACAUUACCAGACGACUAGAACCGCCACACAACCGUAAAAACACUCUGGACACACUCACCGCUAACGCAAA